AUGCCAGAAGUCACCUAUGAAGAUGAAAUUAUGUUCGAUGCAGAGAAAUAAUUCCAUGAAACUUUGAUAUAUACAGGUAGAUAUAUCCCAGUUGAGGGAGAUUUACUAGAUCAAUGUCUGGGAGACUAGAUUAAUCUCAAGCAAUAUGCUUUGCCAAUUGUCAGAGUCAAGCAAAAUAAAUACUUGAUUGGCACCGAGCUAGUUAUUUUAAUGAAAUAAGGUGUACUCAUCAAUGUAAGGAUUGGCAGAAGCCUGAUGAGAUUUGAAUAAUACUUAAGUAAGGUUGAGCGAUUAGAGAAAGACAAAAUUAAGAUGGAGAUUAAGAGGAGGAAGGUGUCUUGCAAGAUCGUGAUUUUGGAACUGCUUAUAAAGUUUGGAGCACCUAUUGAAACCAUCGAAAGAUAUUAGGCUAUGCAUGAUGAUGAGUUUCCAAAGAUAGAUAUUACAUAAUCCAGCAUUAAUGUCAGUUUUAUAAAAAAUCCUGAGGAGCCUGAUUAGCUGGAAUUAUAAGCAACUAAAAAUCACUUGCUAGAUGAGACAUUAAGAGAAGAAAUAUUGGUAUGCUAGUGA